AUGACCCCUUUGGAAGGCCGAACGCAGGAUGGCUUUGAGACGCAGUUCGAUACCAAUCAUCUGGCCCGCUUUCUUCUUUUUGAACUGCUUCGUCCUGCACUGCUCGCAGGGGUUACGCGGAGUUUGCUUCUCGAGUUGUCAUCCUGGCUUCAAUUGCUCAUCGCUUCGAAGAAGUUCGUUUCGACAACAUCAAUUUUGACGGCCACUACGAUGCUAUGGCCGCGUACUCCCAGAGAAAGACAGCGAACCUUUGGACUGCGAAUGAGAUCGAGCGCCGUUAUGGUGCACAAGGGAUACACGCUUGGAGCGUGCAACCCGGCGCCGUCCUCAUGGAUCUGA